GUGAGCAUGCGCUUAGCGUAAAGUACAAUCUCUACAGAUAGUGCGCGUACGUGCUCGAAGCGCUGGCUUCGCCCUAUGCUAAAUUAAUAAAAACUUUGUGAUUUGUUUGUUGAUAUUAACCCAAAGUCGGAUAUUAGGGUGUAAAAUGAACGUGCAACGUGUCUUUAGUGCAUUGGGCCAUGUCCCGAAAGUGGCACGCUGGAGAAAAAAGGGAGAUUAACCUCAUUUCGGACAACUAAAGAAGGCAACACAAGUAGGCCUCGUCGUUUCUGUUUGUCACAAGUAUGGUGAACAGCGGUACUUUCGACACGAACGCUAUCGGGCAAGGGGAUAGAAAUGCUAAAGUCAACCGUGCGUAUUCAGACGUCGAAGUUUCUCCAGAAUCCGUUAACUCGACAAACGAUGGAGACGUCUCCGCUUCUGCGCAUUCUAAUGACGAAUCGACGCCGGACGAUGAGACGUCGAAUAAAAAUCUUGUGGCGGACGACGAUGUUGGAACGAUAUCCGACGAGGAGAAAGGUACUUUGUGUUGUAGCGUCCCUCUCGACAAGGUCCAGGGUGUUUUAACGCCUUUCAGUACCCCCAAAGUCGACGAUCAGAAACCUACUAGGAAAUUAUUAGAUUUAAAACGGAAGGAUGUCGUAAGGAUGACUUUUCUGUGUUUGUAUUGCGAGAGAUCCUUUGCCAGUGCUAAUCUCCGUCAAAAACACGUCGAACGUAUACAUUCUAUCAAGAAGAACCGCCGUCUUAGCUCCAGAAAACAAAAUCAAAUGACAGUGACCCCAUGCUUCUACUGCGAGAAAUUAAAUACGACAGAAAACACUCUGAAAGAUCUCUUCCAACAUCUCGUUAACGAACACUCCGACAAAUAUUUCGGAUGUCUUCAGUGUGAAGAAAGGUUCUUCACAAAUUCGUUGUUGUCUGAUCACAAUACGUUACAGCAUCCCAUCGCACCGAGUCUUCCCGAGAAAAUUCGAGCAAAGGAUGCUCCUAUCGAAGACGCUACUCUAGACAAUGAAGUAACAGUAAAAUUAACCAGAAGCAAAACCAAACCAAAGACAGAGUCAACGGAAAACUCCGAACCGACGAAAACGGCAAUUAGAAGCAAAAACGCGAAACUUAAAGAUUUGAGAAGCAAGAAACUAACGGUCAAGUCUUCGCGGAUAGCGCUAAACAGGAGGGAAAGUAAAAGACUUCAGGCCAUAAGUGAUGCUCAGAAGAAAAAGAGACAAAAACCCGUAGAGAGAGGAAAACAGACGGCGGUUAACAAAACGGAACCGGCGCCGGAAAAAUCGAGUUGUAUCAACCCUUACCCGGAAUUUGAUCACUUUUAUCGCGUCAAAAAAAUCACAGAUCAUUCCAUAGACAAUUUAAAAAUAAGUUCUUUAACGUUCGACGACGUUUUCGAUAAGACAUUCUUCAAUAGAAUUAAGUGCAAUAUCGAGGAAAAUUUAUUACAUCAUAUUGAUGGGAAAUUAUUUAAAAAUGAAGAAUCCGAAAACAGGAUUUCGAAUUUCGAAAAAGUGUCGACCGUUCAUCAGGAAAUUCAAAAUUCUGCCGUCGAGAAUUUCGGUUGCGAAUUAACGUUAAACGCGGUAACGCCGGUCGCUUCGUUGUCGCUCAACUCUCAAUACGGAGAGGAUUUUGAAUCUCAAAUCGAAUACGGGGCUAAACCUUCGAAAAAAAAAGCCCAGACAAAGAAAGACGAAGUACACUACAAGUAUUUCACCAGAAGAAAAUUUCAGGCCAGUAUUUUGGAGCAAACUGAAAAUAGAGAUCUCAGUAAACUCGAUAUGUGGACGCAAUUGGUAAUUAAAAAACGUCAACAAAAAAUUAUCGACGAUAAGAAAACUGCGAAGGAAAUUCAGGAAUACACCGCAUGCGAUGAGUAUAAAAAUAAAAUUCGCCGAGAGGAGUUGAACAGAAUUCUAGACAGAAGAGGGCCUUUUGAGGACUUGCGAGAAGAGGCUAGUAAGAAAGCAGCUCUGGAUAAGUUAAAUUCAGAUUCAGAAGAUAGUAUUAGUCAUGAAAGUUUCACGGAAGUCCGAGAAGUGUUGAAUGAAAUUUUAAAUAGGGUAUUCAAUAUGACUGAGAAAAUAGAGGAACGUGAUGACGAUCAAGUAACCAUGAUAGCAAGUAGUCAAACAAAUGAACCCGAUCUCAGAGAAAUUCCCAGCUUUUUAAAUUUACGUCGAAAAUCGUCGUUACCAAAUGACGGAGAAAUAGACCAAUCAGAUAAAAUUACUUUGAUCUGUUCAUCACAAGAAACCGAAAACUUUGAAUUGCCUACUAAUCCAACGCGCGGAAAGGACGAACUCAUAGAGUUGUCAGGAGAAUGGGCUCGAUGUCGAAUGUAUAUAUGUGCAGCUUGUGGUGCAAAACUUCCAAAUAUGAGAUAUCUUCUGGAUCAUAAAACGAUCUACCACCAGAAUGUUUGGGUGCAGCAUUACGAAUUCGUCGGAAAUCAAAGUGAACUGUAUAGACAUUUGAGUAUUCCGGCAUUAGGUAAAGUCGGUUUUAUAGAAAACAAUGUGCAGUGUAAAUCGUGGAAACGAAGUGACGCUCGAACAUGUACUAAGUGCAAAAAACAGUGUAACACUUUAGGGGAAUUACACAGGCAUAUUUUAGAGUGUGGAGGUGAUUGGACUUGGAUGUUGGCAAGAAAAAAGUGCAAAUAUAGAUAUGGAGCUAAAUCAAGAAGAAAACGAAGAGGUUUGGUAGUAAGAAUGCACCAUCAUAAAAGAAAGACUGAUUCCACUGAGAAGAAAAAGUACAAGUAUGAUGGUCCCAGACAAAGACCAAGCGAUGCGGAAACUAUUCAACGGAUGUUGGCGAAUUUACCAGCAAAACGUUCCACAAGAAAGCUGAUAUCUCUCUAUGAUGGAGUACGUCGAAAGCAAAAAAAUAAAGAACUGGAAAAAACGAAACAGAAGAAAGUCAAAUGUGGUAAAGUGAUAUACAGCAAAAGUAGCAAUAUUAAAGAAACAACUGAAAAAACUAUCAAUACCCAAAAAUCUAACCAAACUUCCAAUAUUAGAUCUAUGCGUAGCUUAAAUAGGGUAUUAUCGAGUAAGAUUUUAGAUACGACAACCACACUUUCCGUAAAAAGAAAGUUGAAAGUUUUAAAUGAAAGGAGGAGGACUAGACAGUCAGUAUUAGCGGAAAAUAAUGAUAAAAAUGAACAUUACAAAAAGGAUUCGGAGAAGCCUUCUUCUAGUCCUCAAACUAGAAAAAAAUUGGAAAAGACGGAAAUUAACAAUGAUGAUACAGCUGUCAAGAAGACACCCCCUAGAAGCACGAAACUUGCCAGAAAACUGGCAGUUAAGAAACUUUUAACGGGGAACAUUAAUAUAAAAUCGUUCUUUCCUGUAAAGAAAAGAAAAAAUAAAAAAGAAUCCAAACAAGAAGCUACACCAAAUGUUGAUAUCAAAACUAGAAGUAAAACAAGAACAAGUGAACCGGAAGAUGAUAAUAACGAUGAUGUUGACCAACCUAAAACGAAGAAAAAUAACAAGUUGAAUAAUAUUGUUAGUAUAAACAAGAAAAAGACCUCUAAAAAAGCUAGUCAAGAAGUUGCUCAAAAGUACGAACAAGAACUCUCUAAAAAACCUGCAAAUAAAGAAUUAGAUUUAAAUAAAAGAAAAAGAAAUCUCAAACAAAGCUUCAGAAACGUUAUUAAUAGAGUGAAGAGACUGAAAAUUGAUAAUGCAUCAGAAAAAGUACAAACUGAUAAUAAUAAAUCCCCACUUUCGAAAAGUCCUUUUUUAGACGAACCAAAACAAGAAAAAGAUCCAGUGAAGAUAGUGAUUCCUUCUACCAUGGAAGCAAAAGAAAAUAUAGCUGACAUAUCAGAAACUGCCCAUACUGUGAUAACAUUUAAUGAAACUAAUGAAGACUCUCCAGUUCCUGAAAAUAUUUUCAAGCUCGAUUCCAAUAACGAGAAAAAUUUACAAGCUAAAGGAGAACCCAAUUUUGAUUCUCAUCCUCUUAGUGUAAUCAAUACAGAUACUACCGUGACUGAACUUGUGAAUUUACCUGCAUCGGAAGAUCCAAACAAGUUACAACCUAUAUCGAUAGAAACUUCGGUAAAACCUAAAACUCUCCCAAUGAUCUCACCUAAUUUAAAAGGAAAAAUCAGAAAACCUGCUAGGGGCUUAAACGAUUGUAUAGCUAUGUUGACAAGCAAACUGCAACAAAAAUCAUGUGAAAAUGUUUCACAGCCGAAACAAACAUUAUCGCCUGCUAUUAAAAGUCCAAAAACAGUUACUGACCCUUCGCCACCAAAAACAGAAUGUAUUCUUAAAAUUCCCACAUUUAAAACGCAAAAUGAAACGUGCGAAGAAGUCGCUUUAGAUCUCAGUAUAAAACCAAGAGACAAAGUUACGACCGAUGUUCAAAAAUCCUUACCUGCUAAGUCAACCGAAUCACCUUGGCAAUUCAAUAGAUUAACAUCUGUAGAGAGAAUUAUUGAGAAUGUGGUAAAUAAUAAACUCCAGGAACCACAAAAAGUCAAAUUACCUACUCCAUGCCUGUUCAAUUCAAUAGAUCGCACAAUUCAGAAUGUUAUAGACGGUCAUCUUAAACAGCAAAAUAUGCAAACUAGAACUACAGUAGACGAUAUUAUAGAUUAUGUUGUUAAUAUUGAUAAAUCAAAAAUUGUAUCAAAUCAAAUUGUAGAUGUAAAAAAUCUGCUUUCAUCUUUGAAGCAAAAAGGGAAAUGUAAUCCAAAUAUAACAUCAGUUAUUGAACAAAUGAAAACUCAGGCUGGAGAAGAUGCUGAAGGUGUAAAAGUAUCUGAUUUGAAAACCAUUAUAGAAACAGAAUUGACAAACAAAAUAACUGUUCCUAAAGAAAAAGUAACUAAAAAGGCUGGACAAGUAAUAAAGAGUAGAUCUAAACGGAAAUUAGAUCAUGAAAAGUUGUUACCAGAGACUCGCAUAGAUGAAAUAUCUAAAACUAAAGAAACUGUAAAUACACUAAAAGUGCCAAUUGAAUCAAAAGAUAUGAAUAAUAUUCCUAUCGAAGACGAACCUUGUUUUUUGGAAAAUAAGACUGUUAGUGAUAACAUUCUUUCUACAGCAAGUCUAAGUGAAACUCUCAAAAACGAAGAAACAAUCGACGAAACUAGAAACUCUGUUAACAAACAAAAUCUUAGGAAUUUCAGGAAACAAAACAAGACUAUAAAAAUUCCUGAAACAAAUCUAAAUGAAGUUCAGAAAUUUUCAGUUAGCAAUGAAACAUUGAAUUUAAAUAACGUUGAAAAGAAAACUUUAGUUUCUUCCAUUGGAAACGUCGAUAUAAUUGGAGACAAAAUUCCUCCAGUAACAACUAAGACCAAAAAUAACGAUAUAAAAAGUGAAGACCUUAAAAAUGUAGAGAUAUUUAAAAAAGAAUCAUCUGAUAUUGUAAAUGUUGUUUCAGCAGAUAGUUUAGAUGAAAAUACAAUAGGCGAAAAUAGUACCAUGUUGAAAACCAUGGAAAAGGAACAGAAAACUAGAAAAAUACCGCCUGCAAAUAAUAAAUCUAAGAACUUAGUUCAUUUAACACAUGAGGUAGCAGCUGGUGUAGAAAUUUUAGACAAAGAAACUAUCAAUGAUGCAAACAAAAUAAAAUCCAAUCAAGAAGUAGAAGAUGGUGACAUUGAGGCACAAAUAGAAAUAACAAUUAUAGGUAAAUGUGCAGCAGAUAAUAAAGAUACCAUUGGUGAUGAUAAAUUUGACAUGUCACUUAAUGGUAUUAACAAAAAACAAAUAAGACGUUUCAAGAAAAAAGAUAAAAAUCAAAACAAAAAAAUUAAUAAUGAAGUUUCUACUUCGAUUCUAGAACCCUCAAUAUCAGAUAAUAUACAAAAAGAAACACCACAAUUUAAUCAAAAAGAAUCUGAGAUUACUGAAACUAUAACUGAAAUCAUACCAAAAAAAAGAGGUAGAAAACCAAAAAAAAUAAGACAGCAAAAACAGAAAAACCAAACAAUAUUACCCGAUGAGGAAUUAUCUGAUAUUUUAAUGAAAAAAGAUAGCGAAGAAAAUUCAUUGUCAUCUGAAAAGUUUAUUAACAAUGAAAAUAUUCUCAAAACAACACCAGUUGUAGAAGAUACUCUGCCUGAAUUAUCUAAAGAAACAAAAGUAGAUUCACUUGUAUUAGAAACAAAACUAAAAGAUGAUGAAAAUAUAUUCUCUAAAGCACAACUAGACAGCUCCAGUAAUGAUUCCGACGAAAUAACCGAUAGGAAACCAAGAAAGGGAACAAAAAAAGAAAAUGUAAAUCACACAAAAGAUAUUGAAGAUUCAUCUAGUGAAACAAUUAAUGAACAUUUGCAAGACCCAAUCGUUUUAGAGUCGCGUCUAAAAAGCCCAACCAAACGGCCAAUUUCACCAAAAAAGUCUAAAAUUUUAAAAGAUGUCAACUCUGAAGAUAUUAAAGUAGAACAGAUGUCUAAAACUGAUGAAACUAAAGAUUUAUUAGAAGAAUAUGAUUCAACUCCUGUUAGGCUUACAAGAUCAAAAUCUCCUAAAAAAUUGACUAAUAAAUUACAGGAGCUUGACGGCGUUGUCCAGGAGCUACAUAAAGAGAUUAAUGAAGAUAAUACAAUUACCACAACUGAUACAAAUACAAAACAUAAUACCCUUUGUAAGGAUUUAUCAAUCGAAAUCAAUUUGGAAGGAACAAAUAGCAGAAAUAAUAUUAAAAGUUUAAUUGAAUUUGGUUGUAACAAAUCGGAUGAUACCGAAGCUACAAAGAAAGAAAUAAAAACGCCAUCCAAGAGAAGUAGAAAGAAGGCAAUUAACACAGUAGAUGAACUAAAUUUAGAUAAAAUAGGUGAAACCAACAAUUUAUCGCAUCCGGAUUCUUCAAAAGAUAAAUUAGAAACCAAAGUGAGUAAUUUAGAAGGAAAAACAAAACCUCCAAUAACAGAAUCAGAUAUAUGUCUUAAGAAUAACGAAAAUUUGAAUUAUGGAAAAGAAACAAACUCAUCUCUCGACAACCUACCAGAAUUGAUGUAUAAUACUAAGAUUGAUAGUUUAAAAACAAAAAACCUUAUUCAACAAGAAACUAUUGUUAAACCCAAAGGUAAAAAACGAGGUAGGAAACCGAAGUCUCUAAAGAUGUCUGUAAAUAAUUUGAAUGCAGAAAAAUUGGUCGAUGCUUUAGAAAUCACCAAAGAAUUACAAAUCGUGCCACAAAAUGAAGAUUUGAAAAUCAAAUUAACCAAACGUAAACGGGGGAGAAAGCCUAAAGCUUUAAAACAAGACACUCUGAAUGUACAAGAUCCUUCUUUAGUUGUACCUAAUGAUACACAUGAGGUUUUAGUUUCGGGAUAUUUAGAAACUGACAUUAAUAAUAAGGAACUUGUUUCUGAAACUAUUACAGCAAUGGUAAAUGAUGGUGUAGAAGAUUUUCCCACACCAGAGCAAUCAGAAGACAGUCACUUGAAUGAACCAAUUAAAACAUUGGAUUUACAAAAGAAAUUAUAUACUGAAAACAAUGUUUCUAAACCAUUUGAAGAUGUAGUGUUUUCUCAACAGCUUAAAAAUCUAUCGGUAACUUUGGAAAAUUUCAUUCCUGAACAAAUAACUUCCAACAGGUUGUCAGAACAAUUCAUAAAGGAAGCAAUAAAAAGAUCAGCAUAUGUUGAAAGAACUUCAUACAAUUCAAAAGAAAAAUUAACUGAGAAAGAAGGAGUUAGUUUAGAAAAUAAUAUUGUUGAAGAUAAACUUCCUGAUCAAUCACUUAAACCGGUAUUAAAAGUGAAAAUAUCACCAAUAUCUGACGUAGAACAAAACAACGAUGGUCCACUUUUGGAAGAGAAUAAGAGCAUUAAAACAACAAGAGUGCCAAAGUCUCCAAAGAAAUUAUUAAUAUCUUUAAAUGCAAGUAUUGAAACAGUCAAUAAAAAUGAAUAUUCAAAUAAUUUGAAAGUAAACUGCAUUGAAACAACCAGUAUAAAAGAAAAUGAUUUAGUUAAAAAGUCAAAGUCUUCCAAAAAAUCAAUUGAAACUGCAGAUUCUUUCGUAUCCGAGAAGAUUGAAAAUAUACUCGUUGAAAGAGAUGAUUUAGAUAGACCUAGACAAACUAACUUUAAAUCGUUAAAGAAAUCAACAAAAGUGAAAGAAACUACAGAUACUACAGCGAAUAAUAAUCUGCAACUUUUACAAUUUCCAGAAUUAGGUAAGACAAAGUCCCUAUCAGGAGAUGAUGUAAAUGAAGUUACACAUUACAAAGAUGAUUCUACUAUAAGCAUACUUAGCGUAGAAGGAGAAAGACGAUUAAGAUCGCCCAGAAAAUCGAAAAUUCUAUCUAAUUCAAUGGAAAAAUUGAAUGCUGAUAGUGGCUUCGAUAAUCAAAGACUGACACCUAGAAGAAAAUUAUCCAAAUCACUAAAAAAUAUUUCAACAAAUAUGGAAACUAAACAAUCUGAUUUAAUAGACCAGAUGGUCAAGGCAUCUGGUCGUUCUAAAAUGAUAAUCGAAUCUGAGUUCAUUCAGAAUGAUUCAUCAAAAAAUGUUUUGUGCAAUUUAAGAAGAACUAGAUCAUCUACUAAUAUAUUAAUGUCUUCAAAUGAAUCUAUAUCAAAAUUAAACGAUACUUUAGAUGCUGAAGUAUGCAAUAUAUUGUCACAAUCUGAAUUUAAUUCACCCGAUCUUAAAUUAAACAGGUCUAAAAGUAGAUCAUCAUCUUUGAGAAAGAGUUUUGACAGCCCAUCCAUGACUGAAGUUAGCGAACCAGAAUCUGUUAGUCCAAAUAAUAGAAUUAAGAGACUCGGUAGAAGAUGCAAAAAGUAUUUUACAUCUGAAGAAUCUAUAGAUAAACUAGACUUGGCAGAAACUAAAUCAUCGACUGAAAUAAAAAUUAUAAAAUCAACACUUUUCACAUCCUUAAAUAAACGAGAUGUGGAAACAAAGUCUGCACCACUUUUUAAUUCCCCAGAUGUAGAUUUUGUCAAACCUAUAACUGGUAGAAAAUCUAACAAUUCAAAACUUGUUACAAAUGAAGAAUCUUUUAAAUGCCCAGAUUUUGGAAAUGUAGAUUUAAACAAACAUUUACCAGACAGAAAAUGUAAUAAUUCUAAGCUUUCUGCUUCAGAGGAAUAUUUAGAUAAAUUAGAAAGUGAAGAAAUGAAUUCUAAUUCAGAUGUAGAUUUCCUUCAACUUCUAACUAACAAAAAAUCUAAAAAUGAUAAUUUAUCAAAAAUAGAUGUUGUAAACAUUAGUGAAAAUAUUGAUUCGGACUCCAACCAGUUACAUUUAAAUCAAAGGGAUGUCAACUCUAACAACAGCUCACAAUUAAACUACUCUCUUCAAUGUUCAGAAACAGAUACAUCAGAUGUUAAAGUACUGGAAGAAAAGAUUCGGAAUGCAAUUAGACAAAGUCUCCUGUCAUCUAUUAAUACACCUGAUUCCCAUAUUGAAUCUAGUGACAUUCCUAAUUCAGAUACUAAACAAUAUGAUGAUCAUAAAAUAUCAGAAGUAAACGAGAUUAGAGUUAAUUCGUCAGAUUUUAAUACCCAUUCCAUUGAGCAAGAAAUGGAAAAACCUAAAAAAAUCAAGAAAUUAUUCAUCAAUAAUAAUAAUACCUUAGAAGGUAUUGAUAAUGGUAGUUCUAGUAGAUCUCUUAGGAAGAAGUCUGUUAUAAAUUAUGCAGAACAGGAAGAAACCAAAGAAUUGAUAGAAGACGAUGGUAUUAAUAAUAAUAACAAUAAUGAGUGUAAAGAUUCUCAAACUUCGGAAACUAAAAUAACCGAUACAAGCAACAAUAAAAAUAUUUCACAUGGAUUAGAAGAAAAUCAAAUAGAUGAAGUAAAAGAUAAUCACAUAGUUGAAGAACAACAUUCGAUAAGUGUUGAUGAAAGUGAAAAUUAUAUUCUAAAAGAAAAUUUAUCCAAAAAUUCUUUAUUAACAACAAAUAACGGUGUUAAUAAAAAUAGAACCAAGCUGAAAGCUAAAAAGGGAAGGAAGAAGAUUAUCAAAAAUAAACUAACAAUCGAAGCAAAUAUAGAAGACAAAAUAGAGUCUAAAAACGACAAUGUCUCAUUGAUUGCAGAAAAUGUUAUUGCAAGUACCGAUGAUGCCGCGUUUUUAACAACCAUACCACCACUCGCAGACACUUCGGAAGAAAAAGAACCACCAAUAAAAAUAAUAAUCAAUAAGCAAAAGGCAAGAAGAAAAUCUAAGAAUAUUAAAAAAGUGGGAGAAAAAGGUCACAACGAUUUAUUUGAAGAUUUCUCAUUAGUGAUUAAGAAAAAAAGAAUUAUAACUUUUUCACCACCAGAUACCUUUUCCAAAGAAGAUACAUAUCCUAUGGAAACGCAUCAAGUUUCAAAACCUCCAGUAGAAAUAUCAGACAAAGAUUGUUUGAAUGAUUCUGUACAAGAAAUGGACAUGGAACUUGACGAAAUUCCUAUAGAAACCAGUAUAAUUGAAACACCCAAACUAGAUCUUACUUUACAUAAUAAUUAUGAUACCAAAGACGUGAUGUCCUUACAAGUAGAGGAAAGAUUCUCAAAUUCUAUCCCAAUAUUAUUUCAAAGUCCAAAAACUAUCGGUAGAAAGAAAAAAUCCAAAAGAAAUUCCGAGGAAAAUGUAUUGAACCAGCAAGAUGAUUUAGAAGAUACAACUAUAUCAGAAUUUAAAUUACCUUUACUAAAGAUAAGUACGAAAUUAAAUAAGGCCGAACAAAUUUACGAAGAAGAUAGAAUAUUCCCAGAUAUUAUUAACAGUACUCAAUUGAACACAAACGAAGAAGAAACGGAAAAGUUUGAGACUAAUUUAGAAUUUGAUGAAUCUGUCAAAAUCAGUAACGAAACAACACUAAACUUUGUCGAACCUGUUGUAAUACGUAGAUUAAAAAAAAUAAAGAAGAAAAAAAUUAAAAAUCACAUUUCUGUAGAAAAAAGUAACCAAGAAGACAAUAUUAUUACAAAUAACGAAGAAAAUAAUUUAGAUAAAGAAGUUGAUGAUUUAGAGAUACCUUCAAGCGACAAUUUGAAACAAGUUUUAUCAAAUCCGUUUGAGGAGAAAGAGCCGAGACCUGAACCACCUGUACUUGGAGAGUUAAAUAAAACAACUGUUGAUGAAGAGAAGGAAGUUGAAAAAUAUGUCGAAGAUGAAAUUCCCAAUCAAUUUGUUAUAAACGAAUCUGAAACAACCACAAUAAAAGUAUCUAAAAAGGGAAAGAAAAAAGGGGGUAGGAGAAAAUCACGUUCUAAAAUUUCCUCCUUUGAUAAAUAUGAUACAGAUAUUACUGAAGAUGCAAAUGAUAUUUUUAAAGACAUGGAAUCAAACAACGAUGAUACUGACGUUGAUAAUUCAAAGUUAGAAGACGACGUUACAAAAUUAUUGAAAAAUCCAAUACCUUGUUACAUGAAACUUGAUGAUGUAACUAGAGAAGAAAUAGAUAACAUAUACGCAUUUUCAGAAACCGAAGAUUUCGAAUUGGAAAAACCAAUUGAUUUACCUCGUAGGUUACCUAGGAAGAACGACUCAGUGGAAAAAUUAAAAGAUCAAGAACAUGUUCCAAUAAAAGACAGUAUAAAAAGAAAACAAAAACCGAAAAUUAAAGAAAGUGUCUGUGAAAAUUCAGAAAAAGACCAAUAUCUUAACGGUGAAGUGAAAGAAGAUGCAGUUGUGGAUAAUUUUACACUUCCAAUAUUAUCAGUCAGUGAUGUGGUUCCUUUGGAAGUCGAAAAAGAGAUUAAAGAUGGUGUAACAGAUGUCGAAGUAUCUGGAGGUAGAAAGAGUAUGAGAACAGCAAAAGUAAAGGCGUUAGAACAUAUCCACGAUGAAGCUUUAGCAGAGCUCACCGACAUGGAUAUCAAUAAAAAGUCAAUAAAAGAUACGAAAAAUUUGGACAACAUAAAUAAAAAGACAAGGAACAAAAAGAAAAAUGAAAAACCAAACAACGAUUUUGAUUUCCAGAGGAAAGUUCUCAAUACUGAAACACCUUUAUUGGAAGAUCUAGUAGCCGAACUGAAUGGGUUUGAAGAAUUAGAUAAUAGUAUAGAAAGAGAACUGCGCGCGGAAAUGACUCCGGAAGAAUUAGAAAAAGAAUCCAAAGUAAUACAAAAUAAAGUUGACGAAAUGUUAGUGAACCAACUAGUUGAGGAAGGGUUAGAAACGACUGAAGAGAAUCAAGAACUGAGGAGAAGUAGGAGAGGAUCUCGUAAAGUUGCUUCUUACAAUGAAAACGACCUUAUAGAUCCACUAAUCGAUGCUAUAGAGAGUAAACGAAAAGGGAGAAAGAAAGAUGAUAAAUCUAUCGGUGACACAAAACAAAAAAAAGGAAGAGAAUCUGACAGGAAACUCAAUAGUGACGAACUGUUUGAUCUUCUUAAAGCUUCCACUAACGAUAAUAUUUACGUGCCAAAACAACAAAAUUCUUUCCUGUCUAAUAUCGAGGAUUCUUCAAGAGAUGUAAAUGACGAAAAUUUUGACAAUAUGUUUGAAAAUAUGUUGGAAAAAUCCGCAUUCUUAACCGAGGAAAAGUUUAUAUCGAGAUGUAAAAACGACAUUGGAAAUAUUUAUGAUUUUACUAAAAAUGAUUCAUUAAUUGAAGACGAAAUUAAUGGGGUAAAGAAAUUUAGAAAGAUCCCUGUCGAGAUUGAACCGAUAUUCACAAAUCACGAUUCUAAUUCGGAAAGUAAAUCGAAGAGUGAUAGCUUUGAAUCUAAUUAUUGCGAAAUAUGCCAUAAAUCUUUUGUGAAAUUAGAGAAUUUGAUUAAACAUAGAAGAACAUUAACGCACAUACAGAAAUUAUCAGAGUUGGAAGCAAGAGAAGCUGAAAAAUCAAAAAUUAUCAGUAGACAUGAAGAUGAGAAUAGUAGAGAAUCUGUUAUCGAACCGCCGUCGCUAAUACAAUCGUCAGAAGAAAUCGAAAAGGCCAACGAGUUGAAAAAUAACGAACUGGAAAUUAAAUCGCCGAAUCAGACCUUCUCAACAAAUAGUUCUUUGAAAUUGGCCGACAUUAUAAAUGAUGUUCUAACAAAACCAGUUUUACCAACUAUCGAAAAAGAACCUAACCAAUUUUCCGAUCUAAUUCUUCAAAAUAACGACACCAAAAGAUACAAAAGCUUGGGCGAACGUAAAAGUUUCGACUCUGAUACUUUAAUUUCCACAGACACGCGUCUCACUGAACCGUUCGAGUCGAAGACUCAAAUUUUAGAAAAACAAAUUAGUUUAUUAGAGAACAUAAUCGAAAAUCAAACAGCUGGAAAUUAUAUUGACGAUAUCUCUUUAUCAUCUGAAAAAUCAGAUAUUCCUUCAGAACCCAGAUCGCCCAGUGUCUCAAAGCCUGCUUCUGAUAACAAUAGUUUCCUUAAACCGGUACAAUACGAAGAAAUCUCCGAGGAUAGCACUAAUCUUCGCAACUACGAUGAUCCUAAAUUAAGAAAAACUUUAAACAGGGACGAGGAACUCUUUUUGGAAUGUUGCAGUUUGCUGAAAAGUAGCUCGGAAGUUUCUAGUAGUUAUUCAAACAAAAAAAUGCAAGAGAAAGUCGUGGGAGCUUUAGGUUUGAAGCCGAUAGACGAACCUGAAUGGUUAGAGAAGAAGAAUUUCAUACAAGAUCGAAAUUUAGCAGGUAUUGAUGAUUAUUCCAACAAUUCGAGGAUACCGACGCCGUUAGGCGACAGUUACGACGACGACGCCUCCAAUUCCAAUACUAUUUCGUCUAAUUGGGGCAUAGAUCAAUCGCUAGAAGAAAAUCAGGAAGAAGUUAGUGAUGUUAGAUUGACUUUUGAGAACAUCUCUAAAAAUCACAAUGAAAAAUGUGACGACAUUAGAUUCGAUGGAAUUUUAUCUAGUACUAGGUCUGAUCAGUUAUUACCCGAUAACACGAGCUCUCCUAAAACCAGCAACGAUGAGUUUAGUGAUGGGUCGUGUAAUGAAACUAAAAGAAUGAUGACGAAAGGUGCAAGAAAAGUAUUUGAGGGCCUCAAAGUCUCUAUACCCACUGAGGAGUUAAAUCUAGAAGAAGUUCUGAAUUAUAGUCCUAAACAGAAAAAAUCUGAUCAGGUGAUUGAUGUUGUUGUUGAAAUAGAGAAACCACUUAUGUCACCAACUCAAAAAUCUAGAAAUUCCAGAAAAUCGAAACCUGUCAAAAAAGCUCAGGUUGGAAGUAAUUUGUUAUUUAAAGUAUCCAAAAAGAAGCUUCCUUCUCCCAGUAUUCACAACAAAGAAUUCCAAAAAGACGUUUACGACUUUGAGGAAACUCAGGAUAAUACCGAUGCUUUUAACAAACCAGAUUUCAAAGCUUUCAGAACCUUGAAAAAUACCGAAAAUGAAAGUGAAGCUGAAAGUAGAGAUUUACAAGAUGUGAAUACUGUUAACACCACUACUAUACCAGUUUCUUUAAAUAGAAAACCCAAGGCACAAGAAAAUAUAACAAAAAAGAAAUGCAUGAUAAUGGGUAGAAUAUUUAAAAACGCCGCUAAAUCCAAAGUGGAAGAUAUUGACGAAGAAAUAAGGAGUAUACCAGCCAUCGCUAAUGAAGAAUUAGUUGAGAAUUACGUGAGGAGUCAAUCGACUUUAACAUUCGAUGAUGUAUCUGAUCAACAACUCGAUGUUGAUAGAGAACAAAAACAACCGGAAAAACCCAAAGUCGACAACAAAAAACAGGAAAAUAAAAAGAAAAUGAAAUUGAAAGGAAAGAAACGAGCUAGACCUAACUCGGAAUCGACUGAUGACGAAUUCAGCUUAAAUAAAACAACGAAACGAAGAAGUAACAAAAAGAAUAUAAAAGAAGAAGACAAUGUCAUUAAUUUAGAGCAAGAGUUGAAAGAGUGCAUAGGUGUAGCGAGUAGAAAGAGUCAAAGAAAAUGUACUUCCGGAAAACAAAACGUUUUAGUUGAAUACUGGAGUUCAGAUGAUUCUCAAUUCGAAGCACUAUUGGAAAAACAAAUUAUAGAAGUUAAACCAAGAGAAAAACCUAUUGAGAAACAAGUAAUUGAAACACCUACUGAACAACAGAAUGAAACCGUUGUAGACGAAUUACCACCUGUAGAUAACAUUAAAAAACCAUUGGAAGUUAAGAAAGUGAAGAAGAAAUCUACAUCGGGAAAAAAGAAACCAAAAACCCAAGAAACGACUGUCGAUGGCGUUACGGUAAAUCGAAGAAAACGUGCAGCCGUUAACCCUCUCUACCAUUGGUCAAGUUCUUCUGAAGAUGAAGCCAGCGAUUUAAUAGAAAUAAAACCCUUGAGGGACGAACUCGAAGACGACGAAGAUAGACCUGUUCAGCAUGGAUGGAUAGUAGGGGACUCUCCUAAAAAAUUAGUGACCAUGUUGGCUCAGGCUAAGGGCAAAAAAUCCGAUAUAGACUGUGUAAAAGAACAAGGAAAAAAACGGACUAACACUGUUAGUUGACGGUAGUAUGUGAUUGUAUAAAUAUUUGUGCGGGGGACACGGUUUUUAUUGUUUUUGGAAAGCUCUCUGGAGGUGUGUGUCGGAAUAUCAUUGGUAAAUCAGUUGAACAUGACUGAUAUAUUAUUUAAAUGAUGAAAUUACCUAAAAAUAUAUACCAAAUUGAAACUUGGGGAUUGGGAUAAAUAUUUUUUGUUGUGGAUGUUACUGAGAUCAGGAUUCUUCGUUUUGUACAGAGUUAAUGAAGUUGAGGUAUAUAUUUUACCCGUAAUUUCAAUUUAUAUGUCACACAGACUAUUCAUAGUUUCAUUAUAAAUUACUUGUGCUAAAGCUCCAGAAAAUGUACAGUUUAUCUUGACUAGCUGUAAGAUUUGAAAAAAAAUCUUUUUUUUUUAAUUAAUCCUAAGGGGCAGCUUAACAAUGUGUACCUCUAAAUGUCAUUAUUAAUUCAUGUCGUAUAAAAUGGCACUAAAAUAUUUAGGUAUGAAAUUUUAUACUAAUUGGUGGAAUUGGUCAUCCGUUACUUCAAAUUAACAUUUAAUUUUCGUGUUUUGGUUAAAAUUAAAAUUGCAUAAAAGCAGGUUUAAUUUUUUACUCAAUUUUUGCCACCUUAACAAAUACCCGAUAUCUUCAAUGAGAACUUAUCUGUCUCACCCUUAUUGUUCUUGUUGUAAUCUGUAGAUAUUUUUCUGAUCACUUUUUUUUCUUAAAUUUCAUUUACCAAAUUAGCUCUGUAGUUUUAUAUAAAAAUAUAUCUUGAUUUACAAAAAAACAACUUUGUACAUAUUAUAUAUAUAUAUAAUCUAUAUAUUUUUCUUUUGAUUAAAUUUGUAAAUUUAGCUUUGUUAAUAUACUACAAAAUAAAUGUAUGUAAUAAUUGUUAUCUACUUUAUUUCUCAUCAACUAUUGUUGAUUGGUUUACUUUUUUUAAAGAAUUUUGAGAAAACCAAGGGAAAAAGAUUUUGGUAAAUUUAAUUAUUUGGCUAUCGAACUAAAAGAAUAUUAACCACAAUAACACCUUUGACAAAUACAUCUCAGUUGAGGUUGAAUAUGGGUCAUCUUUUUGGUUCAAGGAUAUAUGAAGUGCUCGACACUGACAGUCUUGUUUGUAUCUACCUCUUUCUGUGGAACCAGACAAAAGUGAAAGCUACUUUGAAAUAUCUGGUGCCUUUUAAAAAUGUUGACAAGUAAGACUUUUUCAACUAACCUGUUUAUGUAGCUUGUGACACAAUAAGAGCUCUACACCUAUCUCUCUUCUAUGUUGGAAUUUCUGGAAUCGUUGGUGAUAUUCGUACUAAACACACUGUUUACACCAACAUACACGAUUACAAUAUCUGACGCGCGUUUCGAUAACCAAGUUUACCUUCAGUCUCUAAAGGAGAUAAUUUGGUAUCGAAACGCAUAUCAGACAGUGAAAUUGUGAGUAUUGGUGUAAUGGUAAUGUAAACAGUGUGUUCAGUACCUAUCUCUUAUGUUCAAUAUAUUAAUGUAUAUUUCAAUUUUUUUUUCUUAAAUAAAAAAUAAUAUUGGAGCUGUUGAAAUUAGUUUGGCGACCUUUAUUAGAGAUAUUUGUUUAAAAUGAAAUGUGGAUUGAUUUCAAUUGAAAAGUUUAUACAAGAAAAUUGAAUGUUAGAAAUUUGAAAAGGAUGACUUUGCUUAGUAUGAUUCUUCAGUUGCGAUUCUUAUUUUUAUUUUAAUCAUGGAAAUGAUUGAAUUAGAAGUGAUUAUAUUUUUGUUAAUUUUGAUAACUAAACUUAUAUUUUUGUUUUAUAAUUUUACAAAUACUUUUGGUUGUAGCUGCCAAUGUUGCCAUUUUUUUUAUGAAAAUAUAAGCUGAUUUGUAUAAAACAAUUUUGUUAGUGUUUUUACUAUUUUUCAUUCGAUUUUUGUAAUUACUUUUUUAUUUGUAGCAUAAUGUGUUCAUAAUGUGUAGAGAGAUUUUUUUAUUAUAAUUUUUUAUUAUGGUAGCAGUUUGCAAGAUUACCCAUUAUACCAACAAUUAUUUUAUAUAAAAUUUUAUGUUUAUUUCUAUAUCAGUUCCCUACAUAUAACGCUUGACCUAUUUUAUAUACAAGGUGAGGAUAAUGUAUGGAACAGCCAAUUUAAACUAUUCAAAAGAAAAGUUUUAAUGGUGAAAAUACCUAAUCAAACAUCUUUUAUUCCAACAUUAGUCAUACUGAAAAGUUAUUGGGGGUAAAAGGUCGCCAAAAUAAAAGUUCAUUCACAAUCUAUUUUUUUACAAUAUGGUUUUGGCUAAAUAUAUAGUUAACGGUUCAUAAUAAAUUCAAAAUGGUGAUAAAUGAAUUUGUAGAGUAUGAAAUUUCUUAUAAAUUUUAUUGGACAAAUUUUCUCGUAACAUUUAUACUUAAGGAGAUAUAACGCUGUAAAUGUCGAGUAAAAACAAAAUAUCCACGAGAUUAUAAUUGUUGGAUAUUCAAUCAUGCGCCUAAAAGUGUUAAGGACAACAUUUUGUUCCUUCUUGCUUUCAGUGGCUACGCCACGACAGCAGCUGCAUAUAAAACAGGGAAAUCCAAAGUUCUUACAACGUUACAAAACAACAAUACUCUAUUGAAAGCCGUAGAGUCGUUCACCGAAAAUAACGUUGAUCCAAACAUAAUCGCUCACGCCAGAUAACUUUUUUUAUUGCGCUGUUGGUAGGUGACGAAUCGGAAGUCUCUAUUAACUCGUUUCGCUACAAAUGUUUCGGGAAAUUUGCGAUUCAGACAAAAUUGAAUCAAUCAGUUCUACCUCCAACACGAGAUACGGCACGCUACCAUUCUUUCAGAGCAUAUUACCAGGUUCAAACUUAGCUUGGAUUUUACCAUGACGCUGAAAAAAGGGGUUGGCAGCGAACUGUACAAGGACUUCCUAUUCGCAUUGCUAUGGCUCCCGCACCGUCAAGUUUGUUGCAAAUAAUAUUGUGCAAAUGCACCAAAAAUUGCGGAGCUAUCUGCGGAUCUGAACAAAUUCCAAAAAAAAAUCCGUUGCCUAGAACUUUGCAAAAAAAAUACCCGGCGCUUGGCCUAUUAUGCUUUACUUCGCCAUUGAAAACAAACUAAGUAAUAAGAACUGAAAAAAAUGAUUACGAUUCAUUUUGAAAUUGAUGAUUGUGGAUAAAAUUGUUUGCAAACUUAUUACAGUAAAACUUUUCUUCAACUUACAAAAAUAAAUGAAGUAAGAUAUUAAAACAGUCACCUGCCUAUUUAGGCAAACGGAUGAGGAAUGCCUAGCUGCCCCAUAUUAUUCAACAGGAGAAAUUGGGUUUGUGGCAAAAAUUCAGUCGAGUUUGAUGAGUCAGUUCAUUUAUACUACAGUACGCUUGUUCGUUUAGAUUAUUCAUCCAUUAAAUAUUUGGGUUCAUAGUAGGAUGAUGAUCGUUUAGCAUAUAGGCCGUGUCCCACUUUGAAUUACCUUUGGCAAGCGAUCAGACACUUUGGCUUGAUCCUUUUGAUGUCACUAGACAAACUGUGAGGCUUGCCCAAGUGCAUGACCACGCUCCUGUGAUUGAUUGACACUCACAGAUGAUAUGAUCUGCAGUUUCUUCUUCCUCCAUGCACCAGCGGCACUACGAGUCGUUCGUGGAUGCCCAUAGUGUAAUCGCAUAGGUCAAGGGUGGAUAAAAACCGGUCCGCUUACUGCAUCAGGUUCUUCCAACAGUUCUUUUAAUCUCUUAUAUGAAUCUAUAAUCAACAGAAUUUGUGUAUUGUAAUAGAAUUAUAAUUUCGAGCAGCUGUAAUCAUAUCCCUACUUGAAUGUAUGCAACAUACUUUAAUAAAGCGGGUGGUCGGCUGACUACAAAGAAUUGAACGUGAACUCCUUUCACUCUUCGGGGGGCGACCUGCCACAGCAUGCAUACUGAUUUAGCACUCUUCGCAUAUCUGUCAUUUAUUUGGAGACUAGUGUUCGUUAUUUUGCAAAUUAAUAAUAAAUUAGUAAAGGGGACAAUUUAUUCAUACUAUUAACUUUUAUUAACUGUCAAACUUCUCUGUCUAAAUGCUUUAAAAUGAUACUUAUAGUAAGUUUUGUUAAAAAAUUUUCUUGACAGAAAAAAACUCCACAUAAAACAUUUGCGUAUGCGGUCCGGGAGACAUUUUGAGAAUUUCAUUUUGUGUCGCACUUGAAAGUAUUUACCCACCCGUGAUAUAGGUAACGUUGCCAGGCGUUCGGGUUGCCCGGCUUUUCACAUUUCUCAAACGAGCGUGACCGAUCGCAAGCGACAAGAGUCGAUUGUUGGUUGCCAACGCAGGCUCAAGUACCGCCCAUUUUCUCAACACCAACAAAGAGAACGUUGAUUUCAAGAAGCUUUUAGCACAUAAAAAAUGGGUAGCCUAUUUUAAAUCAAUGAUAAGUCAAGAUUGCUUUUCAGAAUUGUAAUUUUCAGAUUGUAAUGUUGUUAUUCUUCCAUUUUUGGUAACUUUGCCUUUACCUAGAUGAUUAAACCGCCAUCGAAUAUUCUGAAACUGAUCCAAAGAUUAUUGUAGGGCUUUGAAUUUGUUAUUAAAGCAGCGCACGAUAACCGAUAGAGAAAUUUGACUGAAUAUUACAAAAACUUCACAAUUUCAAGUAGAAAGUUGUAGAUAUCGAGUUCUUUUAAUAUAUAAUGUAAUAGCGUUUAUUCAAUGUUCCAUAUUACAUUUUUGUAUCGAAACGAAAUCUUACAAUUAAGGAGCUAUAGCAAUACAUACGUACUUGUACACGAUAAAAUACCGGCGAGUAUAGAUAGAUUAUGGCAACUUUUUUAAAAAUAUUCGAUUUAAUGGCAGAUUUUUGAGAAAAAUUAUGGAACUGAUUAAAAUGAAAACCUAAAUUAGUUCCAGGGCUUUAAAUGUUCAAGUAAACGAACUCAUUCAUGAAUAAUUGUUUAUGACUUUUUCACAAGUAAUCCAAUGAAGUUUUUAUAUUUUUUCUUCAUCUAUUUAUCAAAAUAAUAUAAACAAAGACCUUUUAGGACAUAACAGAAACUGUUACAUCAUUAGUGAGUGCGGAUAUAAAAUCCAAAGUAAAUAGUGCGUGGGAAAACCAGUGGAAAAGUGCGACAACUAAUUUAAACGAAGUCAAAAAAGCUCUGGUCUUUGAUACCUAAAAAUCGACGACGCCUAGGCCAAACUCGGCGUCCUUUUUUUCAAUUUCCAUAUUUUUGUGAUUUAGAUAUAGAAAACUAAAACAUAUGAACUUCAUUUAAUGCUUUGUUAAAAAGUUAUAAAUGAUUAUAUUUAAAGAAUAUAUUUACGAUAAUAUUCAAAGACAUAAAACCAUAUGAAAUCCUUGAAUGAGAUAUUUCCCAUAAAUUCGCAGCAAAAGCAAUUCUGUUCCAGGACACUCAUUAAAAUUAGAUGAAUCCAUAAUUUUAUAAAAAAUGGAAGGACCACUUUAGUAUGAAAUUACCGACUUUGAUUUUGGGUUUGUAGUUAGUUAUAAAAUAAAAAUGAAAUUAACAUUUGAUUUAGUAUGCUUCACAUAAUCCAAACAAAAAAAAUUGAAAAACUGCUAAAACAAGAAAGUAUAUAAGGGUGUUUUUAUUGGGUAUUAGUAGGCGUUCUUGCAGGUCAAAUAAUUCAAAAAAUUUCUAAAAUGCUUUCAUAAAUGAUUUGCAAAACAAGAAAUGGAUUUGAGGCUAGUGCUGGAAAAGGUAGAAACAAAAGUUAUUAAAUAAUUUUUAUGAAAGUAAAGAUUAAAUUUACAAUGCAGAUGAAUUUUUAAAUAAUGCCCAAAAAGUUUCUUGCGACAAGAGGCCAUAAAAUGAAUAAACCAAUAUGUAUAAUUUUCCUUUAUUCAAACACUAUAGGAAACCAUUUCAUAAAAUCUAUUGUGAUUGGAAAAUCAAUAAAUCCAAUACAAAGAUACUGCUUAGAAUACAUCUCUAGUUUAUUCCAAGAGUCAGAAGAGCUCACAGUUACCCAGUAACUUGUUUACGGAAUAGUUUCAAAAAUAUUUUAUUCAAAGAGUAGAAUCACUCUUCAUUUCAAAAAAUCUUCAAGAAAAGUUCUUUUGAAAGACAAAGCUCCAACACACCAUCAGAUCUGACAACACGAAGAUAUAAUAUUAACCUACACCUACAAAUGUAAAAACCUCUUGACCAAGAGGUCACUGAAUGCUUAACAAAAAGUGUUUUUUAAAAUAAACAUGAUUCCUCUACUGGUUCGCAUGGCCUUUGGAAGAAAUGAAAUUGCUGGGAUAAAAUAUUUGAUGCCUUGAACAUGAAUAAGCAAAACAUGAUGAAAUUUAGUUUAAAAAAAUAGUGUGAUUUAAUUGGUUUAUGGCAGUCACUCUGUAGAGCAUUUAUUUGUUGAUUUUAUGGAAAGUUACUACAACUGUUGAAAUUUUAUUAAUAAGCCAUUGAGAUGCAUUGCUAGAAAAUGAUGUCAAAAAGGUGUAUUUCUUUACUAUAUAAAUAUAUAACAAGUAAAACAAUAUAUACAGUAAAUGCUUCAAAGUGUAUUUUUUAACAGAAGUUUUACUGACUCCAGUAGAUGUAUAGAAAUUAACAAAAUACUCUAAACUUCUUUAAUGGGUAAUAUCAUUUUUUGUUGCUUACUGUUUACACUGCCAGGAUGUGCCUUGGGGUCGUGAUAAUUUUUGUUUUGUAUAUAAUGUAGCAUAGAGGUGUAUUAUAAAUAUGUCAUAUGAAAUUCGUAUAUGGAUAAAAAUAUAUAGAUCAGUAUUGUGUUUUUGUCAACCAUGUAGCAGGAAGUUUUUUUAAUAAAUACUUUCCCCUGCA